AAAAAGCACGUAAAUCUCUGCUUUAAUCUUAAUAAAAAUUCCAAUCCAAAUCCAUAAAUACAUAUUUAUAUAUAAAAAUUAGUUUAUAUGAUAUAUAUAAUGAAUUUAGCGUUUUCUUCUUACUUGUUAGCUUCCGUCCAUAUUUCCUCACACUCACAAACACAAUAGUCUCUCUGGUCGGCAAAGCAAGGAAGCUUCAGGUCUUCAGCCUUUAGGCCGUGUAUUUACAGUCUACAAGAAGAAUGCUAUAAACACUAUUUCUCUUUCACACUUCCACUCGUACCAUUUUAUUCUUCUUCACCAACCCUUUUGUUUUUUCACCAACCAGAAUUCUUUCUUAUUCCUCUGCAAAUUUCAAUUCCUACCCACCUCGAAAUCUUCUAUCAUUCCUCUGUUUUUGCUUUCAAAGAGAAAGCUGAUAAGCUAGAUGCUAUAGAGGUGUUUUUACACUUUGAAUUGGGCACAGUAUGAUUGCAGUUAUGGAUUCCAUUAAAGAACCAAUGAUGAUGAAGAAGAAGAACUCUGAGAAAUGCUUGGAUCCUCAAUUAUGGCACGCUUGCGCUGGUGGGAUGGUUCAAAUGCCACCCAUAAACUCUAAAGUCUUCUACUUUCCACAAGGUCAUGCAGAACAUGCGCAAGGCAGCGUGGAUUUCGGUAAUUCUCGAUUCCCUCCUCUCAUUCUUUGCAGAGUUUCUGGAAUUAGAUACAUGGCGGAUACUGAAUCCGAUGAGGUUUAUGCAAAAAUAAGAUUGAUGCCAUUGAGAGACAGUUAUUAUGAUGUUGAAGAUGAUGGGUGUUUGGGAAACAAUGGAAUGGUUGAGAAUAAUCCUGAGAAACCCUCAUCUUUUGCCAAGACCUUGACACAAUCCGACGCUAAUAAUGGAGGAGGGUUUUCUGUCCCUCGUUACUGUGCUGAGACUAUAUUCCCACGGUUGGAUUAUACGGCAGAACCUCCUGUUCAGACCAUUCUUGCUAAGGAUGUACAUGGUGAGACUUGGAAGUUUAGGCAUAUUUAUAGGGGGACACCACGCCGUCACCUUUUGACGACGGGGUGGAGUAAUUUUGUGAACCAGAAGAAGCUUGUUGCUGGGGAUUCCAUUGUGUUUCUGAGAGCUGAUAAUGGGGAUCUAUGUGUUGGUAUAAGGAGGGCUAAGAAGGGAAUUGGUGGUGGACCUGAAUACCCAUCUGGAUGGAAUUCUGCAUCUGGGAGUUGUGGGUCUCAGUAUGGGGGUUAUUCUUCGUUUUCUAGGGAGGAUGAAGGUAAAUUGAUGGGGAGGAAUUGUGGCAGGGAUUUGAGGGCAAGAGUGAAAGCUGAAUCUGUUGUAGAAGCUGCUAGUCUUGCUGCCAAUGGCCAGCCCUUUGAGGUUGUGUACUAUCCCCGUGCCAGCACGCCGGAGUUUUGUGUUAAGGCUUCUGCAGUGAGGGCUGCAAUGCAAAUUAGGUGGUGCUCUGGGAUGAGGUUCAAAAUGCCUUUCGAAACCGAAGAUUCUUCCCGGAUAAGUUGGUUCAUGGGAACCAUAUCUUCUGUUCAGGUUGCCAAUCCCAUCCACUGGCCUGAUUCUCCAUGGCGUCUUCUACAGGUAGCAUGGGACGAACCGGAUUUACUCCAGAAUGUUAAGCGUGUUAACCCAUGGUUGGUUGAACUGGUAUCGAGCAUACCAGCCAUCCAUAUGUCUCCCUUCUCACCACCUAGAAAGAAGUUGAGACUACCACAGAAUCCAGACUUUUCCAUGGUAGGCCAGUUCCCAAUGCCUUUAAUUUCCGGCAACUUCCUCAGUUCCAGCAGCCCCAUGUGUUGUAUUUCGGACAACAUUCCUGCAGGCAUACAGGGAGCCAGGCAUGCUCUAUUUGAUCCAUCUCCAUCAGAUCUCCACUUUAACAAGCUGCAGGCGGGGCUGUUUCCGGUUGGUUUUCAGCAGCUUGAUCAUGCUGAACCUCCUAGAAAUCCCAGUGGCAAUUUCACACAAAGCACUGAAAAUAGUGAGAACAUUUCUUGCUGGCUGAAAAUGGGUCGUCCUUCUGAGAGUUUGAAGGCAAACAACGAAACGAAGAUGCCUCACAUCCUAUUGUUCGGUCAGCUUAUUCCGGCUGAACAGCAGAACUCUAGGAGCUGCUCUGGUGAAAACAGCUCAUCAGAUGGGAAUCCAGAUAAAACAUCAAAUUUGUCCGAUGGCUCUGGUUCUGCAUUGCGUCAAAAUGGUUCGGUGGAAAAUUCUUCUGAUGGAGGGUCUCCUUGGUACAAAGAUCACCGAAGAACUGAUAUUGGAUUGGAGACUGGUCAUUGCAAGGUUUUCCUCGAAUCAGAUGAUGUGGGCAGGACACUAGAUCUCUCAGUCCUCGGUUCAUACCAAGAGCUGUAUGGAAAGCUAGCUGACAUGUUUGAUAUCAAAAGCUCAGAGAUGUUGAGUAAUGUGCUCUACAGGGAUGCAGCAGGCUCCAUUAAACACACGGGAGAUGAACCUUUCAGCAAGUUUUUGAAGACUGCAAGAAGGCUAACCAUUCUUGCCGAUUCAGGCAGCGACAACGUAGGAAGAUAGCAAAUGAAAAACUCUCCUUAAUUGUACAGUUGGAUUAUUUAAUCCUUGUUUUGAUGUUUCACCUUAUUCCACUGUUGUGGGAGAACCCCACAACUAUAUUUUUUUUUCACAACCAAAGAAACAGUUUCUGUGUAACAGCUAGAUUUCAUCUUGCAAAUUUUCUUGGACAUUUUUCCCCGAGUUUAUCGCAUAAAUAAUUUAGGAAGCGAGCUUGAAAGCAACUUUUUCCU